UCAAAACAGAUUUCAUCCUGCGUAUGGUGGAUCAUUAUAAGAAUAGACUCAGCGUUUACGGCUAUGAGAUGUUGCCCCGUUUUACUUCCCCCAAGCCUUUUCACAAUCGUGUCGAUAGUUUAAUGCUUCUGAUCAGUCGACAAUGCUUCAAUCUGCACACACUGUUUAUACGCGAGAAAGUGUCCACCUCCACAGUGUUGCUGAUCGCGCGAACCGCCAAGAAUUUGCGUCGUCUGUAUGUGCGUCGCUUUGCCGUCAUCAUACGCUGCGAUUGGCCACGGCAUCCAGAAUGGACCGAUGAGUUCUAUAUUUGGCUGCGGCACAUGUCGCGUUCCUAUGAAGUGGUGGAACGCGAAGUGUCACAGAUACUCGGCUACAAGUGGAACUUUCUCAGCGAUCACGACUACAAGCAGCUGCAAGUGGAUGUGCGAAUAGAGUACUAGACGUGAAAAGUGUGAUAUUAUU